GUUUGUCAAACUGCAGAAACCAAAAGAAGAGCGAAACUCAAACAGACCUGUUGAUCACAGUUCAGACGUUGUGAGACUUCGUGCUUUCUUUGACCUUUUAUUCAAUACUCUCGUUAAUUAACGUGCACCGACAGAACCGCUGAACCCUCACAACUAUACAAAUGUAAAACCAGGUUACCCGGUGGCCGAGAAUCUGCUGUGAGAGAGUUAGCAUCACCUGUUAGAGGCUGACGGUACAAUGAAGGGCAGCAGGCUUAUAACCUCAAAAAGGGGGAAAAGUUCAGGUAACCAGAACAAGGAGCCCACAAGAACCAGCAAGGUCCUGGCCCAGAGGAACCAGGCCGUGGUGGCGGUGGGAGCCUGGGUGGAGGAGGGACAGGACUUCCUGGAGGAUCCGUCUGCUCUUGCUUUGCUAACUGAGGAGAUCCAGGCAGAGAAGAGGAGGGUGAAUGAAGAGACCCUCAGACGGUUUCAGGAUGAAGUACGCCACCGUGUGGUGCAGCAAACACAUGUCAACAGAAAGAGAGGGCAGCCUCAGGAGGUGAAACAGCAGUACCAGGUCUGGCCCCAGCAUGUGUCUGCUCAUAAAGAGCUGCUGUCUGCAGGAGGGGCUGCACAACACAGGGUGACGGGGAGGAGCUCUCAGGAGUCCUUUGAGGGCAUGAGGCAGGUCAGACUCAGACUGGCCGCCUGUCGAAUGGACCUGCGUGGAGGGACGACGUCAGACCUUCCUGGAGGCGAAUGGAAAAUCUCUCCAACCAGACAUAGAUCUCAUGUGUUGAGAGCAGAGCAGGACACUGAAGAGGAGGAAGAGGAGGAAGAGGGAGAUGAUCAUAUCAUCAGCAGUCAGCACAGAUGCCCCCUCGUUCAGCAGAAGGGGAGUGGGCAUGUGUUGUGGGGUUCUGAGGAGUCACCGCCUGAUCCUGGUUUACAGCCUGACCUCAGAGUCCCUCGGGUCCUGUGGCCUCUGCCUGACCAAGAAGAACUGAGGAGACAGCGUCAGUCUGAGUUCCUGAUGCAUCGACGUCUGUACAUGAACAUCGAGCGAGAGCAAGUGAAGGAGAACAAACAGUACAGGAAACACCUGAAGAGGACGGCAAGGAUCAAAGCAGAGAAAGAGCAGAUUCGUUUGGAGGAAGAGAGGAGAUUGGAGAGAGAUCAACAGCUUGCAGAGGCCAGACAGAGGCUGGAGGAGAGAGAGCUGCUGAUCCUGGAGCGACUGAGGCUUGAGGAGGAGGAAAGAGCUGUGGAGCUGCAGAGGAGGAGAAGUGAGGGGAAAGAGAAAACAGAAGCAAGGUUCAUCAACGCCCUCAGAGCUCAGAUGAAGGAGCGACUGUCUCAGGAGAAGCUGGACCUCCCUCCUCUCUGCUGCUGUGGGUCCUCUUUCUGGGACUCCCACCCUGACACAUGCGCUAACAACUGUGUCUUCCACAACAAUCCCAAAGAGUAUGCCAAAGCCUUACAAUCAACCAUGUUGAGUUUGGAUUUACGAUGAAGGAAGCGGAUGAACUCCAGUGGACGUUGUCAGUCCUUUCUAAACCAUCCUGCGACCCCUCGUCCCCUUCGAAGGGGUCCAUCUGAAGGAGUCCAUCUGAAGGGGUCUAUCUGAAGGGGUCGCUCUGCCAUCAGCUGUUUCCGACUUCAGCUGUUUCCGGUCCGCCGUGACGUCAGGGGAGAAGAUCACGUGGCUUCUAGGCUCCGUCUGGAAAAUUUUCUGGAAUAACAUCUGCUCUAAUAAUAAUAAUAAUAAGAUCUAUUUUUAUUACCCCGGACGCCUUCUUCACCUGGAUGUGUUCCACAGCCUGCUGCCGGAGGGAGGCUGGCCCUGAGCGCUCCAUAUAAACUCAGGCUGACACUAUGGAGGAGAACUGCUGCAUGUUUACGGACUGUGUCUCCCUGCAAGAAGCUACACGGCUCAAACUUCUCCUCAGAUAGCAUCCAGUGGCAUCAUUAACCUCACAUAAAGGCUGCUCUUUUUUUUUUACCUGUUACCUCCAAUCAGACACGCGUGGUCUUUGUCUGGACCCCCUGAUCUGCUGUUACAGGUCUUUAGUACGGAGCCGGUCCUCCUGCUGAUACUCAGAGAGGGACUCUCAGGGACUCACAGCAUGUUUACAGACCUCAGCUAGAGGACAUGUCUGGGAUCGAGCUGUGACUGCUUCUGUUUUUAGUUUCACAAAGUUUCAUCGAACAUGAAGUCCUCCCUGGCUCCUGGUAUCCGGCUCAUUACGACCUUUUCUCGGGACGCUUGGUACCGGAGUUUCAUUCUCUUCCUCACCUUCCUCUUCUACACAGCCUACCAUCUGUCCAGGAAACCCAUCAGCAUCGUUAAGGGUCAGCUGCACAGAAACUGCUCUAAUGUUAUUCGCCCAGCAGACCUCAACAUAACCGACAAUGAUACCUGGUGUGACUGGGCUCCCUUUGGCCAGGAGAACUACCAGACUCUGUUUGGGGUCUUGGAUAACUCCUUCCUGGUUGCCUAUGCCAUCGGCAUGUUUAUCAGUGGGAUCUUUGGAGAGCGCCUGCCUCUGCGGUACUACCUGAGUUUCGGGAUGCUGAUGAGCGGAUUGUUCACAUGCCUGUUUGGACUCGGCUUCUAUUUGAACAUCCAUUCGUUGGGAUACUACGCCUUUAUCCAGGUCAUGAACGGGCUCAUGCAGACGACCGGCUGGCCAGCAGUGGUGGCUUGUGUCGGCAACUGGUUUGGAAAGGGGAAGCGUGGAUUCAUUAUGGGUGUGUGGAACUCCCACACCUCAGUAGGAAACAUCUUGGGCUCCCUCAUUGCAGGAGCCUUUGUCUCAUCAGCAUGGGGAAUGUCCUUUAUUGUCCCUGGACUCAUCAUCGCCUCGACAGGGAUCCUGUGCUUCUUCUUCCUGGUUGAGAAACCUGAAGACGUUAACUGCAUGCCUCCUCAGCACCAUACUGAACAGGAGAACAGUGAGACUGAGCCUCUCCUGCGGACUGCGUCCCACACUGACAGGACCAGCAACGGGAACGGGAACGGUAACGGUAACGGUGCCAUCUCUGCCGAGCCUGUGGAGGUCGUGGCGGCAGAGCACACUGAGGCCAUCAGUUUCUGUGGAGCUCUCAGUAUACCUGGCGUGGUGGAGUUUUCUCUCUGUCUGCUUUUCGCCAAGCUGGUCAGCUACACCUUUCUGUACUGGCUGCCUCUCUACAUCUCUAAUGUUGCCCAUUUUGAUGCAAAGGAAGCAGGAGACAUGUCCACUCUGUUUGAUGCCGGAGGAAUCGUGGGAGGCAUCACGGCUGGCCUUGUGUCUGACUACACUGGUGGAAGAGCGACAACCUGCUGUGUCAUGCUGCUCACUGCUGCCCCCAUGCUUUUCCUCUAUAACCACAUUGGACAAAGAAGUCUUGGUACUACAAUAGGUAUGCUGCUGUUGUGUGGAGGCCUGGUGAAUGGACCAUACGCCCUCAUCACUACUGCUGUAUCUGCUGACCUGGGAACACAUGAGAGUCUGAGAGGGAACUCCAGGGCUCUGUCAACAGUGACUGCAAUCAUUGACGGGACUGGAUCAGUCGGAGCUGCUUUGGGUCCUCUGUUAGCUGGCGUGAUCUCUCCCACCGGCUGGAACAACGUCUUCUACAUGCUCAUCACUUCUGACCUCUUGGCCUGCGUGUUUUUGUCCAGGCUUGUUUACAAGGAAGCUCAGGGUUGGUGUGGGCGGGCCCCUCGGACCAGAGGGUGAGUCUCCUGCAUGGCUGUGGGUUCAAAGAAAUCUAAAACUUCCAAUCAAACUGGAACAAAACACAUGAAAGAGGGAAACAACGCUGAAUGACCUCAUUGUACAGUCGAUCACCUCUUUCCAUUCAGCCUGUGUGGAAACAAAGCCAUUGGUGGAAGACUCAAGGCACUAAGCUGAUGAUUGAAGUCUUCUUCCUAUUGUAUAACAGAGAGAAUAUGCCUUUAUAGAGACUUUUUUAAGAUUAUAACUUCACAUUUUAACUUGUUUUAAUAUUCUUUUACCAUUAAAGUGUACAUACUGUAAACUUC